AAAUUUAUCACGUGUAUACACAAACCCCGCUUAAGCGUUUGACAACACGUUCUUCGAGAUAGCCGCAGGUUAGUUAACGUCUGCGUUUUGUCAGUGUACACGUGCCAUUAUUUCACGAGAUCCGACGCAGAACUGGGAAGCGCGAGGAAGACAGCCUGUCACCAUCCGGGCCUAACGUUGAUAUGUCUCCCUUUCCAGCGAUGUCAAACGGCCAGAAAUCCACAACUCCCUGUAACUCCCCGGCCGCAGAAAUGUCUCAGAUCUCCUACAGUGCUUUGUUAAAUUAUCCAGACCUGACAACAGUCGAUCAACAGGCUUUAGACCAGUCAGCAUUCUCUCUCUCAUCAGUUGCUGCUCUUCUUAAGCAAACUAGUCAGCAUUAUGAACACGAAAUAAUAUGUCCUUUUCAAACAUUUUCUGCUAUCACGUCUAAAGGACUAUUUCAUGAACUUCCACGAGCUCAACGCAAAAGACAUCACAGUAAUCGUGAAGACGAAAAUGUGGACGGACAUUGCGAGCCAAAAAAAGCACGAAAGCGUGGUUGUCAGAGUCUCGAGGAAAUGCAGAGUCAGCGUUUACUAGCUAACGUGAGAGAGAGACAGCGAACACAAAAUCUGAAUGAAGCCUUCGCCGCCCUACGGAAGAUCAUUCCCACCCUGCCAUCCGACAAACUGAGCAAGAUACAGACGCUGAAACUCGCUGCCCGCUACAUAGAUUUCUUGUACCAAGUCCUCAAGGAGGAUGAGCACGAUGUCAAACUGGCAAGUUCUUGCAGCUAUGUUGCCCACGAGCGACUGAGCUAUGCUUUCUCAGUGUGGAGAAUGGAAGGAGCUUGGCCGUCAGGCCGCUAAGAGUAACAGACUCAGACUGUGUACCAUUAUAUAUUAAAUUCCGACUUCAAACUCCUUUUACCUCUCCCAGUACUUCCCCUUGACUGAUCAUGGUAAGAAUUCCGAAACUAUUGAAGUAUGCAUUCAAACUGAUUCAUGAAAAAACAUUCUGUGCUGGAAGUCAACCAGUCCAACAUCGGUCGUCAUAAGUGACUUGAAGUUUGUUCUGGGAAAUGGAAAGAAGGCAUCACCAUCAACUUUGAAACAUAAGUGUAACGGCUGUAAUUUAUAUUUAGCUCACUUUUUAAACACGAUUUUACCACACACACAUAUAAAUAUAUGAAUCCAAGAUACUUUGACUAUGGUUAAAAAUUAGAUACCGAUAAGAUUUGUAUGAUAUGACAUUGAUACUUACUUGUCAUUUUGGUAAAUUGAAAUUACACCAAUAAUAAAGCUAUUUCUUUCGAUUGUCUUUCAUUUUCUUUACCAACGGUUUACACUUUAUUUGUAACUUAUGCGGAAUCCUGUACCUGGAAACUUGUAAAACCACAUUUAUUAACAAAAUAUGUAGACAAAGAGCUCAUUAUGACUAAAUUCCAAAAGGAUUACUUCACAGUCUGUAAGAGAGUAAAAAGCACUUAUGCUUAUUUGGUGUAAGUACAAUCAUGGAAGUAGUACAGCGUGUUAUAGGUAAUUUAAUAUUAUUGUCGAUGUGCUAGUAAGUAUUUAUAAGUUUUUGUUGUUUGUUUUUCUGUAAAUAAUUACAUCAUUUUAAAGAUAUCAAUGAUGCUUCUUGUCAUAUAGCCAACAAGUGUACUUAUAUAUAAAGUUGGAAGGCAUUUGGGACUUCGUGCAAUAAAAGCGUGUAUUUUUAACACUAAGGAUACAAACAAUCUAUUUUAUCUACUUAUGAGAUUCAUUAUAGUUAUUGUUGUUGUAUCAGUGUUGUGGUUGCCAAAAAA